AACCAUCAAGACCGCCUACAAACAUGUCUUAAGCCGGUCUCGUCCCCAAGCCAAGGUCCAAACACGCCUUGAUUCUUCCCUCUGCAAAACCCUACAAGGAAACCUCAGCUCUCGCUGACGCAGAUUAAACAAAGACUGCGACAUGUCUUUGAGGGUUCUCGGAUCGCGCGUCAUUCCCUUCGUAUCGAAGCGCAAUGGGCGACUACUUUGCUCCAUCGCGGCUUCCAGUGCUCCCAAGGAGCCGCUCCCUUCCGCCUCCCCAGAAUCCGAUGUGAGUUCAACAAAAGCAGGCUGGAGUGUUCUCAAGUUCGCCCUCGCUGGUGCACUCACCGGAGCCACCGCUGCCGCUGGCUACGUCACAUACGCUUACAGUUUGGAUGAAAUUGAAGAAAAAACGAAGUCUCUCCGUGAAUCAGUGAAGUACAGUGCAGGCGAAAAUGCCACUGCCCUCGAUAAAUUUCAGCAAUUGCUAUAUUCAACAGCAAUGACAGUGCCUGCUAAAGCAAUAGAACUCUACUUAGAUGCACGAAGGCUUGUAGAGGAACAGGUUCAGAGUUAUACGGAACCAUACUCAGAUAAGCUUCUUCCAGAUUUACUUCCUCAGGAGCGACAUGUGUUUACACUUGUUCUAGAUCUCAAUGAGACCCUAAUUCACUAUACAUGGACGAGGGAUACAGGCUGGCAAACUUUCAAACGACCUGGAGUUGAUGCUUUUUUGGAGCAUCUAGCACAGUUUUAUGAAAUUGUUGUGUAUACCGAUGAACAAAAUAUGUUUGUAGACCCUGUUCUUGAUAGGCUGGAUACCAAGCACUGCAUAAGAUACAGGCUGUCAAGGCCAGCUACCAAGUAUCAGGAUGGCAAGCAUUAUAGAGACCUGUCAAAGCUAAACAGAGAUCCAGCAAAAGUUCUUUAUUUGAGUGGCCAUGCUUUCGAAAGUUGCCUUCAAAGCGAGAACUGUGUCCCUAUUAAGGCCUGGCAGCAAAAUGAUACAGAGGACACAGCUCUUUUGGAUUUUAUACCAUUUCUCGAGUUUGUCGCCCGAAGCAGCCCAGGUGAUAUAAGGCCAGUGUUAGCAUCUUAUCAAGGAUGUGAUAUUCCAACUGAAUUCAUUAGGCGGUCCAAAGAGCAUCAGAGGAGAAUGCAAGGACAGAAGCGUGGUUUUUGGAGACAGUGAUACCAGUAACACCAGAGUGUCGAUUAAUGCCUCCUAGGAAAAAUUAGGAGACUGAUUAUGAGAGUUUCAUCUCAAAUUUGAUUCACCUGAGAUGCGGAAGUGAUUAAUCGUUGUGUCAAUUUGAACGUCUAAGAAAUAGAGAAAUAUAGAUUGUUUUCCUCGAGCUUGGAAUAAUCCAUUUUUGACACUAACCAAUGUUGCUGAAAGUUGAUGACAGGUUUUGGGACUACCCAUUUAUUAAUUUGAUCUCCUUGUUUACACUUCUACAAGCUCAAAGGUCUAGUUUGAGAUCUAGAAGUUCUCGGACACGUUUUGCAAAUGAUAGAUUAGCAAUUCAAUUAUAAAUGAACAGUUGGAUAAGGAAUUUUCAGUGGUAUUUA